AUGAGCAAUGACUCAACAGGAUAUAUAAAAGACGGGGACUAUUGCAAAGAAGUAACCACUAUUAUUGUAAAACAAAAUUUCUUACCAAACGAAAAUGAUAUAGAAUACGUACCAAUUAAUACCACUUUUAAUUUUGAAAUCAAUCAGAAUUCUACUGUUGAUAAAGGACCUUGUUUCCAAAAAAACACACACCGCUUAGGUAAAUGGAUAAAAAUAAAAUCUACAGAUUUUACGACCAAAGAUUUUUAUUUCACUCUGACAAAACCAGAACUUGACAUCGUGGACGUCUUUUUCGAUGGAACUUAUUCACAAAGAACAUUCACCUAUAGUCAAUGUAGAGUACAUUAUUGGCUGAACACAUCUCAAUUUAAUGUUUCUGGUCAGUUUCCCAAAAUUUCACCUUAUCCUGAUGACACUGAUAAUGUCAUUCCUUUUAACGUUUACUUUUUCAUAUCAGUGAGGGGAUACAAAAGAGUCAACUUAACAAUUGAAUUUUGGCAAAAAGAAAAACAUCUCUGGCCAUAUAUUUAUGAAUUUUCCCAAAGUGAUUUGGACUAUUUGGCAGAAGAUUUGUCGAGAAAAAUUGUUAAGGUGGUUCCUGUAGAAACGCGUGGUAUUUAUGUGGUAACUCCAUGCACUCCACGUAUAUACAUGAAGGCCAUCUUUUUCACUUUGACUCUGAACUCAUCGUACUCCGUUUUGGUGAGUACUAAAAAGCAAAAUCGAGUGACUAAUAUGGUUGAAAUGAUGUCAAAAAUAAUUGAUGAGAAGUUGGUUUAUUCAUGUGCAGAGACAUGGGGAGGAGUGCCUGUUGGUGUUUUUGCCGAAAUAAUCCAAAAUGGAGUUUUUGUACGUAUCAAAGGUGAUGACCGUCCUGGUGUUCGAGAAUUUGCAAUACUUUCUGAUGAUCACCAAACAAACAGUGAGAUGGAAAUAAGUGUUAUUUGUCCGAACCACUGUCAUGAAGAUUUGGGACAUGGGUAUUGUUUUUCAAGUGAAGGUAGAUGUGUAUGUAAACCUGGAUACGGUGGUGAUGAUUGUCAUAUGUUAUGUUAUUACAAUGAUAAAUGGCAAGUAGAUGAUUACAAAGAUUUGUGUUACUUUGGAGAAUAUGAAUGCGAUCAAUACUGUAAGUGCCAAGAAGGACAUGCUUUAAAAAACCAUUUGUGUGUUUCUACAGAAUGUAUAAAUGGAGGUAUUGGGUCAAGUGAUGAAUGUAUAUUGGGUACUGAAGGUUGUCAAGACAAUUGUCAUUGCAAUGUUAAUUCAGGAUACAUCGCCACAACAAAUUCAAGAUGCAAGUUGGCAACAUGUGGAAAUGGUAAAAUUGACUUUGACGACAAUUAUUACAAUUCAGUGACGGAAUUGAAUUCAAAAGAAGAAUGUGAUAAUGGGACAAAUUGCAACGAAUUUUGUAAAUGUAAUGUGGGCUUCAAGACUGAUAUUGACAAUCCUAUAGAUUGUAUACCUGAAGGUAUUUCUACUGGAAUUAUUUUGGCUAUCGUUUUUUGUUCGACUUUUGGAGCAAUUGUGUUUAUAACAAUUAUUGUUGUUUCCAUAUAUAGUGCUUUAAGAUACAAAAAGAUAGACGUAAAAAUAUUUAAAACACAACAACCAAAUUACCAUUUUUAUAUCACUGGGUCGGUUAAUGAGACUCCAUCUAAAAAUAUAAAGUAUGAUAUGAGACCUUUGGAAUUGGAUUUUGGAAACAAAAACAAAGCGACUUUAAUCAAUGACACCCGUUUUGAAAAGGUUGACAUACGAAAUUUGAGCAAAAUGAAAUGGAUGAUGGUCAUAUUUCAUACAACCAAUUCUCCCAAAUUUGUCUUCCACUUUAGUCCACAAGUUGUUUUCCUUCGACCGAACACCAAAUUCUGCAUGACAGUAUAUAUGACCUUACAUUGUUCGACAAAGAUAAAAAACAUGAAAAUCCCAUACACAGUAUGGCACUCCAAAUCUAAAAAGACAUUGGUGCGCAUCUCUGAAAUAUUGAAGGGUAAGACUUUUGAUGAAUGGACACAAAUUGACAAAAAGAAUAUUGAAAGGUUAUGUGAAGAUGUGAAAGUAAGAACACACAAUUAUUUUACAAUUAAAACAGAAGCAACGAGUUCAACUCAGAUUGAUAUGGAUGAAUUAAACAUCGCUGAAAACCCAAUUGCUGAAGGAGCGAUGGGUAAAGUAUUUAUAGGCAAUUAUAGGAGUGUUCCAGUCGCUGUCAAACAGUUUAAGUGGGACAAUUUGGACGACAAUGAAAUGACGGAGUUGAAAAAGAGUGUAGUAGCAGAAUGUGAAAUCAUGAGUAAAUUGCGAAAUCCAUUCAUUGCCAAUUACAUGGGGUCCGUCACUUACUUAAAACAAGUCUCAAUGGUCAUCCAAUUCUUUGUUUUGGGAUCACUGGGAGAGUACUUGAGAAAGGAGAAAGAGGAUUUUGUCAUUCUUCCCUACAAAUUAAAAGUACGCAUGUUGUUUGACACUGCAAGAGGAAUGCAAUUUUUACAUGAAAACAAGAUUAUGCACUUGGACUUAAAACCGGAGAAUCUAUUGGUGAAUUCACUGGACUCAAAUUCCGUCUGUUCCAUUAAAAUCACUGACUUUGGAACUUCAAGGUUCACCAAAAAGUCACUCAAAAAAGGAGAAGAAAAGGGUCUGGGCACUCCUAUUUAUGGAUCACCGGAAUCAUUUAGGGAUGAAUAUACAUAUGCUGGAGAUGUCUAUUCAUAUGGAAUAACAGCAUGGGAAAUAUUUUAUCAACAAGAACCAUACAAAGAGUUUAAAUCGAUUUUUGAAAUCAAAAAUUACGUUGAAAAUGGGAAAAGACUUGAAAUUGGAAGUGAGAUGCCAAGACUUUACAGGGAUCUUGUCGAAGAAUGUUGGAGACAAACCCAAGAGAUAGACCUUCUUUCGAUCAUAUUGCAAGAUUUUAGUCGCGUCGACGAAGAUGUGAUAAACCACAUGCUUUGGACUUGGAAUACUCAUUUGAUAAGCUGGAAAAUAUCACUCAAAAGAGAAUGCAAAGAAUGCAACAAACUCUCAAAGAUGUUUAUGCAGAAUAAUUUAAAAUGUUUAACUGUUUAUUUUAUAAUUUGA